AACCGUCCUAACGGAACCGCCUCGCGCCGGACCCGCGGGUGCGUCACUUCCGGCCUCUGCUGCCCGCCUCGGAUCCCCCCCUUUUCUUCCCGGGCCGGGGGGAGCCGGAGCCGGAAUGACGCCCACGUUUCGCUCCAGCUGAUCCCAGCCUCCCUUGGGACAGGGAAGGGAAAUGGCUGCAGAGGAGCUAGUCCAGGGGCCGGUGACCUUCGAGGAGGUGGCUGUGUAUUUCACCAGAGAAGAGGGGUCUCUGCUGGACCCCCCUCCAAGAGCCCUCUACAGAGCCGUCAUGCAGGAGAACUAUGAGAAUGUGACCUCGCUGGGGUUUCCAGUUUCCAAACCUGAUGUCAUCUCCCAGCUGGAACAAGGGGAAGAGACGUGGGUCCCAGACCUCCAGGAUUCAGAGGAAAAAGAGAUCCUGAGAGCUCCCUGCACAGCAGGUGAUGUGAUGGUGAGUGAGAAUGAGGAGCAGAAGUCCCUGCAGGAAGAUCCUGAGCAAUUGGAAUCACACAGAGCAUUAUCGCAAAGAUCCAAAGAGAAAGUGCCCACGAUUCAUGAGCAGGGAAAAGUCUUUGAGAUUCAGCGCAGUCCAGAGAGUGAGCAAGGAAACCAACCAGGGGAGAAAAUGGGAAAAGUAAUUUACUCUUGGGGAACUCACAAGGACCACAAAGAAACCACAGCCCAGCAGGAAAUCCUCAGAGGAAAGAGAAAAUAUACAUGCAGUGAGUGUGGGGCAAACUUCAGUGACUGCUCCGCCCUUAUUGCACAUCAGAGAAUCCACACAGGAGAGAAACUCUAUGAAUGCUGUGAGUGCGGGAAAACCUUCAAUCGCAUCUCACACCUCACUCGACAUGAGAUAAUCCACACAGGAGAGAAACCCUAUGAAUGCCAUGAGUGUGGGAAAACCUUCACUCUCAGCUCAUAUCUUAGUACACAUGAGCGAAUGCACAGGGGGGAGACGCCCUUUCAGUGCUCUCAGUGUGGGAAAAGCUUCACUAGGAGCUCAUCCCUUAUUAGACAUGAGAGAAUGCACACGGGAGAGAGACCCUAUAAAUGCUGUGAGUGUGGGAAAACCUUCACUUCCAGCUCAAACCUUAUUCAACAUCAGACAAUCCACACAGGGGAGAGGCCCUAUGAAUGUGGUGAGUGCGGAAAAGCCUUCAAUUGCAGCUCCGAGCUCACUAGACAUGAGAAAAUCCACACAGGAGAGAGGCCUCAUGAAUGCAGAGAGUGUGGGAAAAGCUUCACUCUCAGGUCAGAUCUUACUACCCAUGAGAGAAUCCACACAGGGGAGAGGCCUUUUCAAUGCUCUCAAUGCGGGAAAACCUUCACUAGGAGCUCAGACCUUACUAGACAUGAGAGAAUCCACACGGGAGAGAGACCCUAUGAAUGCUGUGAGUGUGGGAAAAGCUUCAUUUCCAGCUCAAAACUUAUUCAACAUGAGAGAAUCCACACAGGGGAAAGUCCCUAUAAAUGCGGUGAGUGUGGGAAAGCCUUCAGUUGCAGUUCAAAGCUCACUAGACAUGAGAGAAUGCACAGGGGGGAGAGACCUUAUGAAUGCUGUGAGUGCGGGAAAACCUUCACGCACAGCUCAGAUCUUACUACCCAUGAAAGAAUCCACACAGGGGAGAGGCCCUUUGAAUGCUCUCAGUGUGGGAAAACCUUCACUAGGAGCUCAGACGUCACUAGACAUGAGAGAAUUCACACAGGAGAGAGACCCUAUGAAUGCUGUGAGUGUGGGAAAAGCUUCAUUUCCACCUCAAACCUUAUUAAACAUCAGCGAAUCCACACUGGGGAGCGCCCCUUUAAAUGCAGUGAGUGCGGGAAAGCCUUCAAUUGCGGCUCACAGCUCACUAGACAUGAGAGAAUCCACACGGGAGAGAGACCCUUUGAAUGCUGAGAGUGUGGGAAAACCUUCACUCACAGCUCAGAUCUUACUAGAUGUUGGAGAAUCCACACGACAGAGAUCCUAUGAAUGUGAAUUCAGGAAAACCUUC